AGUGCACCGGAGGACACAUGGAGCUGCAAACCUCCAGACCACUCACACGCGCCCAGGACGCAGCAGCACUGCGCAUUACGCACAUGGAGGAAGUGUGUUUGGACACCGCCGCGCUUUUCUCCAGUCAUGUGGAUUCAAACAUGUCCUCGGAGUGACUUUUUACUUUCUUUAUUUUCAAGUUUAACAUAAACCCACGAUGGAGGAGAGUACGAUAUCAGUGUGGGUCUGCCGAGAAGAGAAGCUCGUCCUCGGCUUGUCGAAGCGCACGACCUGCGCCGAUGUGGUCAAGGUGCUGGUGGAGGAGCAGGACUCCCUGCGCGGCCUCUCCGCGGCACAGUCCUGCUGUAUCGUGGAGAAGUGGAGGGGCUUCGAGAGGAUUCUACCGAACAAAACGAAGAUGCUACGGCUGUGGGUCGCGUGGGGAGACGAGCAGAAGAACGUGAAGUUCGUGCUGGUGAAGAGCGAAGUGUCCCUGGCGAACCACGGAGCCCGGAGCGCAGAGGCGCGGGUGGUGCGGAGCAAACAGAGCCCGUGUGUCACCAGAGGCUCCGCGCGCUCUCCGGUGGGGCGCAUCUCCCCGGAGAAACAGCGGCGGGUCGUCAGGAAAGCUUUCAGGAAGCUGGAGAAGAUGAACAAGAAGAGGCCGAGGACGGCGCACCGAGACGCGUCCUCUGCGGAGAAGAUGGAGACUCUGGUUCAUCUCGUUGUGUCUCAGGAUCACACUGUCCGGCAGCAGGUCCAGAGGAUCACGGAGCUGGACGCGGAGAUCGAGACGUGCGAGGCGAAGGUGCACGUCGACAGAAUCAAGAGACACGGAGUCAACUAUGUUCAGGACACGUAUCUGAUGGAUGCAGCCGUAGCCUCCAGCCGCGAGGAGGACAAACUGUGUCCACCUGAGACACUGGUAAAGUUAGAGGAGUACGUGGUGCGGUGUGAGGAGGUGGUGAGGCUGCAAGAGGAGCUGUGGGAGCAGGAGGCUCACGUGGACAUCAUCACGGCGCAGAUCCAAGAGGAGCUGAACCACCGCUGGAUGCAGAGGAGGAGAGAGGAGCAGCGGACCGCCGGGGUCACACAGGCCGCCCCCUGCUGCACGGACACAGACACUACAGCAGAAAACCAGCUGCUUUUGGAAGGAGAGAGGAUCAGAACGCAGCUGGAUGCGAGUUGGUACAUCGGUCUGCGCCUCAACACGGAUUUAGAGGCUAUUAGGAGCGAUUUAGAGCUGAGCCAGGAGAUUUGUGAUGCGAGGGAGAAGGAGAUGAGGGAUUUGCUGGAGAAAGUGAACACUUUGGACAUGGACGAAGGGACAGCCACUGGCGAUAAGACAGGGGUGAUGAUGAUGAUGAUGAGCACUUUGGAGAGGAAGAGUGAGUGGGUGGAGCAGGCCAGGGGUCUGUCUAAAGCUCACGUGAACGACGACGACUCAGACACUGGAUUAAGUUCCCUGCACAGUCAGGACUCAGACUGCCAGACUGUGUGGGAGUCACUGGUUUAAGAUUGGACCCAGAGUCGUUCAGCUGUUAGUCCUCUAUCACUGCUUCAGUCUCAGGGAUCCUAGUUACUCUGAAGUGAAGGAACAUCACAUUUCCACAGGGCGAUGACAUGGAACUGAACCCAUCUGGUUUCACUGUGCUCUUGUCUGUUUGUUUGUUCAUCAGCAGGUUUAUUCAAAAAGUACAGAACUGAUUCACACUGGCUGGAGGGGAGAUGGCUUCAAGCACGAGCCAAUGAAAAGACAUUUCACUGUGGAGCUGCUUAAAGAGGCUGAUCCAGGAUUGUUUCUGAAAUCACCUUCCUUGACAUCAAUUUCUCAGGAAAUAUGGAUUUAUACAUAAACAGACAAAUUUGGUGUCAAUAUCUCAGAUUUUGUAACAUUAAGUGCAGAAUAUAAGUCCACUUCGCUUGUCUUCUUAUUUUUCUGUUUUUGUUUUUCUAAGAGCAAUAAACACAUAGAUUUGUACGGUAUCACAACAAUCACCCAUAUAUCCCUGAACUUUUAUAACAUCCAUCUUAAACCAGUUUAAGAACAACUACAGCGUUUUCUUAUUAUCACCAAUUGUUCCUCAAAGCUGUUGUUUUUGUAUAAAUAAAAGAAAAUAACAGUUUCGAA